AUGUACAACCGUUCAAAAUGGUGCCCCCCUUCCGUUAUGCAAAUAUUUGACUUAACAACCGAGUUUCCCUCACAUUUGCAAAUAGGAAUGGCGCCAAAGAAUAUCAUAUGGCGCCUUUCAAUGACACAGUCCCAGACACCACAUUUUGGUUUUCCAGAAGAUGACAUAAAUUUAGGACGAAUUAUUAAUGGUAAAGAAGCAACACCACAUUCAGCACCUUAUAUUGUAUCAUUAAAACGUGGUAUUAAUGGUUCACAUUUUUGUGGUGGUUCAUUAAUUCAACCCAAUUGGGUAUUAACAGCUGCUCAUUGUCUUACUAGAAAUACAUAUAUUGUUGCUGGUUUACAUAAUCGUAAUGAAGAUAAAGAUGCCCAAACUAUAAAAGUUAUUGAAAAUUUUGGUCAUGAAUCGUAUACAGGUGGUGUUGGACCAUAUGAUAUUGCCUUAUUAAAAUUAGAAAAUUCUGUUGAAUUAAAUGAUAAAGUGCAAUUAAUUGAAUUGCCAGAAGAUGAAAAUCAACAAACUGGUGAGGGAAUAUUAUUUGGUUGGGGUCGUGAUAAUCCAUCUGGUGGUGGUUUACCAAAAAAUUUAAUGACUGUAACAACUGAUUUAUUACCAUAUGAUGAAUGUAAAGAAAAAUUACCAAAAGAUGCACCAAUUCAUUCAACAAAUAUAUGUUCAAGUUCAAGGGAUGAAAAAAUUUCUGCAUGUAAUGGUGAUUCUGGUGGUCCAUUAAUAAAAAAAUACGAUGAUAAAGUAGUUCAAGUUGGUGUUGUUUCUUGGGGUUACGUUCCAUGUGGUCAAAGAAAUUAUCCUUCCGUUUAUACACAUACUGGAUCACAUUUAAAAUGGUUAAAAAGUCAAAUGCCAGAAUUUUAA